UCAACUUGAUUCGAAUAUUCAUGUUGAAAGUGAAGAUCCCGAUUUUAUUACUAAAGAUGAUGAUAAUGAUAAGGAAUCUGCUGAUGGCAUUUCGGCAUCUUGGGACAAUACGAUAUGGAAAUUUCUUCUAUUAUAG